GUUUAGUGAUAUGCGGGUAUGUUUCAAAUGUUUUACUAGUAUUUCAUCCCGUUAAUAUCACGGGUGUCAUUUUCACGGUCAUUGCUGGAUCGCCGAAUGUGUAUUUGCCACCGUGACAGAGUCGAGCGCUGAUGGAGGCGGUCAUCAUGAAAAUAGAGAUGAGUUCGACGGCGACGGCUCCAUCACAUGAUAACCAUGUGGUCAACCUUAAUAAUGGUCACCAGACGUAUUUACAUGGAGGUCACAUUCUACGCAACGUAUUAGUUGAAGGAUUGAAUACUGCAACCACGACAGAAUUUGCGUGUUGUCUGUUUUUGGUGUUCUUCUGGAUGUUCUGUUUCGAAGCAGUGCGGUUUAUGCAAACUAAGCUAUCUAAACAUAUUUUAUACGAAGAAAGAAAGAGACGUCUCGGAAAAGAAAGAGAAAACAGGUUACAGUAUCGCUUAACGUCGACCUUGUUGCAUGUGAUUCAAGUAGUUAUGGCUUACGUCAUCAUGCUCCUCGUCAUGUCGUAUAAUUGCUGGGUGUUCGUCGCCGUCGUUGUUGGCGGUACUGUGGCUUACUCCGCUUUUUCAGUAGAGCAGACAUCGCGAGUUUAUCAGUGCGAACUGGAACCACCAGAACCGAGGCCAGCCGCGGUCUGAAAUUCUAAAACAAUGUCGAUUGACACGUGACUUGUGACGUCACUACAUUCUUUUGUCUGGAAGUUUACCUUACCAAUGGAAAGCGUGACGUUGGUUAUGUCGAAACCGAGCAUGUAAGAUAAUUUAUUCAUACCAAUAUCAUUGCGUGACAUUCUAAA